AAAAGCUGACCUGGCUCCAGCGGCUCCUCCUGUCAUUGUAGUGCUGUGAUACCAUAAUCCCCCUGCUCCCUCUUAUGUAAUGGACUGGAGAACACAUUAAUAAUCCCAGCCUGCCUCUGUCUCUGUACACACACACACACACACACACACGCAUACACAGUCAGUCAGUCAAUGAGUGGGCGCAGCGAGCAGCAGAAGCGGCCUGUUGUGGGGAUAGCCAGGGAGCUCUGGAUGCAUGGCAGCAGCACUGGUAAACUAUGGACAGGUAUCUGUAUUACAGGGAGGUGAAAGGCUUGAGCACCAGGUCAUUGGAUUUACACCUAAUCCAGGGAUGAAGCCGUAUUGUGUUUGUAAUACUGCCAGGACAUCAUGCGAGGUCAUAGGUCAAGUGACAUUGAGGAGCUUCUGAGACAGUCUCACUCAGAGCUGCUGUGGAUCCAGAGACAGCUGUCAAUCAUCGCUGCCAGGAACUCCCAUCACCUGCAGGUCCAAGGGAAGCUGAGACAUGAGGUUACUCCCCUGCACUCCACAGUUCUUUCAUCCCACAACGUCAGCCUCUUCCGCCUUCUGGAGGAUAGAAACCGAGCCCUAAAGCUUGAGGUGGCUACCCUUCGCCAGGAGAAACAGCAGUACAGAACACUGAAAACUAAGCUCCAGGAUGCGUUGCAGGAGAAAAAUCGCCUGAACCUUGAGUUGUCCAGCCACAACCUGAAGGUAUCCAAGUAUGACCAGGUAAGGUCAGAAUAUGAGCAACUUAGACACACCUAUAGCACUGUGAGUCAGGAGAGAGACUUGGCUCAAGAGGAGAGGAAACAGCUCCAAGGCAAACUGGAGAACCUCGAGCAGGUACUCAAGCAUAUGCGAGAGGCUGCAGAGAGGAGGCAGCAGUUGGAAGAGGAGCAUGAGCAGGCCCUGGCUGUCCUCACCACCAAGCAGCAGGAGAUUCACCUUCUGCAGAGGGCUCAGGUUAAAGCUGAGAAAGAGCAUGAGGGAGCGGUCCACCUGUUAGAGGUCAAGGUUCGCGACCUGGAGCUGAAAUGCAGGUCACAGACUGAACAGUUUGGCCAGCUGUCCAAGGACCUGGAGGAUUUCCGUCUGGAAGCGGAUACUGUAGACAUACUCAGCACUGAGCCUUUCUCCAAACACAACGUUCCCUUUUGCCCAGAAAAUAAACUCUCCCAAAUCCUCAACGGACUGGCAGCCCAGGCAGGGAAAGGCGAUGAGAGCUCGGCAAACACUCGGCUGAUAUCCAAGUUCCUCCGCCCACUGCAGAUCGGAGACAGAGACAGGCCGGAGCUGCUGUCUGUCAAACCCUCCGCCGUGACAACGAGCUGCCCCAGCAGCCCGCGACGGGCUACUCCCUCAGAGAUGGAGGAUGAGAUCCGUCGUGCACCCAGGUCCAAACCUCGCUACACUGGCACAGUCCGUCUAUGCACUGCCCGCUACAGUUACAACCCUUAUGAUGGGCCUAAUGAGCACCCAGAGGCAGAGCUCCCCCUGGUGGCUGGGAAGUACCUGUAUGUGUACGGCACGAUGGAUGACGACGGCUUCUACGAAGGGGAGCUGCUGGAUGGCCAGCGAGGACUGGUCCCCUCCAACUUUGUGGAGUUUGUCCAAGACAAGGAGAAACCAUCCAUCCAGCCAGGGGACACAGGGGAGGACCUGGGCUCUCUGGACAAUACCUCCCUGGGCCUAAUGGGGGCCGAUGGAGGGCCCCCUCAGGAUGGGCUCCUGGGCUCCACCAACCCACUGGGCCCCUGCAGCAACGGCACAGGCCCCCUGGACCCUGAGGAUCUGUCUGAUGACAUUGUGCCUUACCCCCGGAGGAUCACCCUAAUCAAGCAGUUGGCCCGUAGCGUCAUUGUGGCCUGGGAGCCCCCCAUGGUGACUCUGGGCUGGGGAAACAUCAGCUGCUACAACGUGUUGGUGGAUGGUGAGGUGCGUGCCAGCGUGCCCUACGGGGGCAGGACCAAGUCUUUGUUGGAGAAGCUGGAUCUGGACACGUAUACGCACCGCGUGUCCGUGCAGAGUGUGACAGACAGGGGACUGUCGGACGAGUUACGCUGCACCCUGAUGGUGGGAGCCAACGUGGUGGUCGCGCCAUAUGGCCUGCGUGUGGACGACAUCCUGCGCGACUCGGCCGAGCUCUCCUGGUUGCCCAGCAACAGUAACUAUGGGCACACGGUGUUCCUGGAUGGGGCGGAGCAUGCGGUGGUGCGGCCGGGGAGGUACAGGCUGCGCUUCGUCAACCUCAAGGCCAUGACGGUGUACAAGGUGAGGGUGGUGGCCCGGCCACACCAGGUGCCAUGGCAACUGCUCAUGGAGCAGAGGGAGAAGAAGGAGACUGCUGUGGAGUUCUGCACACAAGCUGCUGGCCCCCCAUUACCCCCUCAGGAGGUGCAGGUGCAGUGUGGCCAGGCUCCAGGGGUCCUGCAGGUGCGCUGGAAGCCCCCUGUCCUCUCACCCACCGGAACCUCCAAUGGAGCCAGCGUCAUCGGAUAUGCAGUCUGCACUAAAGGACAGAGGAUAGCGGAGGUGUUGUACCCCCUGGCUGACUAUGUAACAGUGGAGCUGAACAGGAUCCAGUGUCUGGAGGCCAGGGAGGUCAUCGUCAGGACAUUGUCAGCACAGGGAGAGUCCCAGGACUCCCAAGUCGCCCCCAUUCCAAACAACCUACUGGUGCCUCUUCCUCACAAUGCCCCCCUGUCCCCUCCGCACCUACACGCAGGGCCCCCUCCACCUCACCCCCAUGCCCCCCCACCCCACCUCCAGUCACCUCACCUCCCCCACCCCCAACUACCCAUGCCUCACCCCCAGCCUCUCUCACCCCUGCCUCACAGACAACCCCUCCCUAACCACCCUCCUCACCCUCAACCCCAGACACACCUCCAACCCCUGCAACCUCAUCCUGUCUCCCAGCCCCAGACUCACCAACAGACUCACCCCCCUCACCCUGGUGGUCCUCCACAGCCACUGCACCUCCAGCCUCACCCACCUCACCCAAUGCCCCAGCACCGCCUACCCCUGCUGCCUCAUCCCCCCCCUCAGCUCCACCAGAGACCAGUUAGUGCCAGAGACCUGAAACCGAAAGAGCAGGUGGCUCACCAUGGGGGAAUCCCCAGCCAGCCCUGGGACCCUACCUGCUCCCCCUCCGGCCAGCCUCCUCCUACCCCCAUGCAUGGACACACCCUGGAGGCGCCCCCCUCUGUUAACCUGCGCUCGCCCUCCCCCCAGAGGAUCCUGCCCCAGCCCAGGGGCACCCCCAUCCCAGACCAAAUGGCCAAAGCCAUCGCCCGCAAGGCAGCACAGAGGGUGGCUGCAGAGAGUGGCAGAAUGGAGAGGAGAGUCAUCUACAAUGAGCAGUGUCAGGCCUUCCACCAACAGAACUCAGACGAGGAGGAGGAGGAUGAGGAAGGGUAUGGUCGAAGCCGCAGGAGACAGGGGGCCUCAGUGGAUGAGUUUCUCAGAGGGUCCGAGCUGGGCAGGCCGGCCCACUACAGCCACAGUGAGGAGUACCACAGUGACAGCAGCCGGGGCUCUGACCUUUCUGACAUCAUGGAGGAGGAUGAAGAGGAGCUCUACUCUGAGAUGCAGCUGGAGGAGGGACGACGACGCAACUCCCACAAUGCACUCAAGAUUGGGAACACCCUCUCUGGGGGUCGGCUGGAUCGGGAGACGGGGAGAAGAAUGCCCCGAGACGGUCCACAGCCCCAGAGACGCCCUCUCAUGGUGCCCUCCAUUGAGGGAUACAGGGACCGGGAACGCCGCUCCCCUCCUAACUACGAUGAGUCGGAACCAGAGGAAUCUUUCCGGAUCUUUGUGGCUCUGUUUGACUACGACCCCCUGUCCAUGUCUCCCAACCCGGACGCAGCAGAUGAGGAACUGCCCUUCAAAGAGGGCCAGAUCAUUAGGGUAUAUGGUGAUAAGGACACAGAUGGUUUCUACCGAGGGGAGAUCAGGGGAGGCAGGAUGGGGCUCUUGCCCUGCAACAUGGUGUCAGAGAUCAGGGCUGAGGACGAGGAGACCAUGGACCAGCUCAUCAAGCAGGGCUUCCUCCCGCUCAACACACCAGUGGAUAAAGUAGGAAUAGGGCAGGACAGACGAGGCUUCCGCCAGCACCAGGCCACCAGGAGGAUGGUGGCCCUCUACGACUAUGACCCCAGAGAGAGCUCCCCCAAUGUGGACGUGGAGGCUGAGCUGACCUUCUGUGCUGGUGACAUCAUCUCUGUAUUUGGAGAGAUUGAUGAAGACGGGUUCUACUAUGGUGAAAUCAAUGGCCACCGCGGCCUCGUUCCCUCUAAUUUUCUAGAAGAAGUGCCUGACGACGUGGAGGUGUACCUGACGGACACUCCGUCUCGCUAUGCCCAGGACGAGCCCGCCAACCGGGCCGAGGCCAAAAGGGUAGCCAUGGAUACCACAGAGAGUACGGCCCCGCCUGUCCGAGCAGCGUCCCCCACAGUGCGUCCCCUGUGUCCUCCAGGCACCAUGCGGCCCAUCAGCCCCGCCAGGGGCCCCAGGGACCCCCGGGACAACAUAAAGAAAAAGGGACUGCUUUCCAAGGGGAAGAAACUGCUCAAGAGACUCUCUCCGGUAAAAUAAACUGUCCCCAGCUGACCCCAGAAAAGAUGCUGGGCCCAGUAUUGUAAAUUGCAUACAGUACACACAAUCAAAUCAGCCGAAUCUACAGCACACAACUACAAUGGCUACGUGUUCGUAUGUAUUACAGGACAAUAUAUGUGAGCCUAAUCUAAUAUAGUCAGUGAUACAACAUUCAUGUUCUAGUGAUGAAUACACAUAUUUACGUACAUAUACUCAGUGCCAAAUUCAAUGAGAACUUAUACAUACUGUAUAACUGUGAUAUAUUUGAGGUGGAGGAAAAAAAUAGGAGUAUAAACUAGGACUUUCAUUACAUUUUACCACUGUUUUCUUUAAUCAAAUGGUUAUUAAGGGACUUUGGAAAUCAGGACAAUGCUGAUAAUGCAUUUGUGUGCAUUUGUUGUAGGGUAACAACAGAGUAGCCUAUUCUUUUUUGUUACAACUAGAGCUGGUUUCCAUGGCAAUUGUGCCAAUAUAAGGUCUCUAAGAUACAUGGCGUGGCAAAAACAAGUUGUUGUGAUAGUCAGAUGUCAAUACUAGGAGACAGACCAUACUCCUGGAACACUAGAGCAACAACUCAACGACACUGUUAUUGAUGGCAUUCUGUCAGUAAUGCUGGCUGCUAACACAGAGGCUUUAUUCAGUGCAAUAUAUCACGGACAGGAGGGUGACAAAUGGUUGAAUCACUCACAGAACCUAGAAGUCUGCAGGGUGGUUGGCCACAGAGCAUUACAGCAAGGAGAGGAAGCUACAUUGGGUAAGACGUUUGAACCAUCUCAGUGGCCUUUAUGACAACAAUAUGAGCAUGACAUUCCUCGUUUUCUAUGGUUGAACAAGGUUGUUUUUAAACUAACACUAGUCUGCCAAGAACCCCUGCUGCAUCUCUGCAGCUUUGUUUGAUCAACAAAAAAAAGACGGUUAUAAAUAACCUUCUGUGUUUGCCUUCCAAUUGCACAAAGGGGUAUGUUUUGUCUGAUGAAUGGAAAAGCACUGUUGUGUGUGUGGGUGUAGGUGUAGGCUGUGUGUGUGCUCAGUGUGCAUUCAUGUCUGUGCGUUCUUUUUUUUUCCCCAAAAAAAAAGAGGACACGUGGUUAGGAGUCAUGUGAUCUUAGUGGUGUGCCGCUAACUACAUUGCCGGUGUAAUGUUCAGUAAUGUUCAGUUCUGAGGGUUGUGUUACCCACUCAGCCAAGAUGUCUAGGUGUGUGCCCUCAAGAUUCUGCACCGUUUACUUGUUUACACUCUUAUAGACCUAUUGGCAAGAGAAAGGGAGGGAUGACCUACAUACUGUACCUACAACCUCUAAACCAGUACAUGUGGCUUAUGGGCUAAAUGAGGGCUAAAUAAAGGAUGCAUCCAGCUGAUUGUCAUUUACUGGGGAGGCUGUUAUAGCCGCUAGACAAACAUUGUCCUGUAUUUUUGACAGCUUUUAAAGCCCUAUGUUAACCCAUUUUCAUAACCCAUGAUCCCAUUCUGUAAGAGUUUAGCAUCACUACAGUUGCUGUACAGCUAGCAUUUGAUGUGCAUAAUCAUCAGGGACAAUAUGUCAAUCCAUGAGUCACAAUGAAAUAUGUUGAAAUGCGAUUGAUAGGGAAAACUAGUCGGAGAGAGACCUAUCAGACAUGCGCAUCAGCUAAGAUAUUUAAGGCAAGUGUAAUAUCCCGCUGUAUAAUGAUUACAGGGAUCUUCUAUGUUUAUUAAAAAAUAGAAAAUCUAACGAUGGAUUGCCAAAAAGGAAUGUAUGAAGUGUUGAGCAGGCAAAAAUAGUUUAGAUUUUAUUAUGCGUCCAAAGUUAUGCAUUAUGUUAUGCAUCCAUUUGUUAAAAGGUGUUCAAGUCAUAAUACCAAAUCAUUCAUUUGUGAAUGCGUGUAUGUCUAUGUUGUUGCAUUUUUGUACUUUUUCCAUUUGUCGAUCAUUUCUAAAUGUUUAUACUUGAUUUUCAGACUGCCUUUUGAGUGCUUUAAGAUGUAUUCUUACUGUAAACAGUGAAAGCAUUCUCCAUGGUGUCCUCAAGAUAAGAUGUUUAAGUCUGUGGUUAUGUGCUUGCUCUGUGAAUCAAAGAGAAAAAGAAAUAUAUAAUUUAUGGUGAUCAAAUAUUGUGUGCAUGUGCAAAAACAUUUUUUUUUUUUAAUCAAAAAUAAAUUUGAUAUUUUGUAGAA